GGCAAGUAAUCAUAGUUUUGCGACUUUAGUUUUGUGGACCAGACUUCAAAAGUGAAUAUUUUGUGUAUUUCUAGGUCAAGUUUGCUCCAACUCUGCAACUUCUCCCAUGGCUUCUCUAACUCUGCAAAUUCUUUGUUCCAUUCUAUUUUCUGUCUCCUACCUUUGCUCCAGUUUGGCACAAUCCCACACAUAUAUCAUUCACAUGGAUUCAUCAUCCAUUCCCAAAGCCUUCUCUGGCCACCAGAGCUGGUACUUGGCCACCCUUUCUUCUAUAUCAGACAAUUCUGAAGAAACUCCAACCACUGCCGCCUCUAGACUUAUCUACAGUUACACUCACUCUAUUCACGGCUUUAGUGCAUCUCUCUCACUUUCUGAGCUUGGGGCCUUACAAAAGUCCACUGGCUAUGUUUCCUAUACCCGAGAUCGUCCUCUUACCAUGCACACAACUCACACUUCUCAAUUCCUUGGUCUGACUUCUGUUUCUGGUCUAUGGCCAGUUUCCAAUUAUGGCCAGGAUGUCAUAAUUGGUUUAGUUGACACCGGAAUUUGGCCAGAGAGUGAGAGCUUCAAAGAUGAUGGAAUGACUCAGAUUCCCUCUAGAUGGAAAGGCAAAUGCAUCUCUGGCACCCAAUUCAAUGCUUCAUCUUGCAACAAGAAACUUAUUGGAGCUGGGUUUUAUAACAAGGGUCUACUUUCCAACAAUCCCCACUUAAAGAUUUCCAUGAAAUCUCCCCGUGAUACAAGUGGGCAUGGAACACAUACCUCAUCCAUAGCUGCGGGCAACUAUGUAAAAGGCGCAUCCUAUUUCGGUUAUGCCAAUGGUACCGCAAGAGGCAUGGCACCAAGGGCUAGAAUAGCUAUGUACAAAGCAGCUUGGAGAUAUGGGGUCUUCUCAUCGGAUGUUCUUGCUGCAAUAGACCAGGCAAUUCGAGAUGGGGUGGAUAUAUUGUCUCUGUCCUUGGGUUUUGCCUUGGACGACAAUUUCUUGGGAGAUGAUCCAAUUGCAAUAGCCACUUUUGCAGCCAUGGAAAAGGGUGUACUGGUUGUUGCUUCUGCAGGAAAUGAUGGGCCUUUGUAUGGUACCUUAAUCAAUGGAGCUCCAUGGGUACUAACCACCGGUGCCGGGACUAUUGAUCGUGAGUUUGACGGAGUCUUAUCUUUAGGAAAUGGCAUGCAAAUCACAUUUGUAUCCUUGUAUCCAGGGAAUUCUUCUCUAAGACAACUGCCUCUUGUUUUCAUGGACGUCUGCCGAAGUGUGGAGGAGAUGAAGAAAAAUAGAAACAAGAUAGUUGUGUGCAAAGACGAUCUUAGCAUAAGCACUCAGGUUGAAAAUGCCGAGGUUGCAAGCGUUUAUGGAGCCAUCUUCAUCUCCAAUAAUUCUCUAUCCGAACUCUACACAAGAAGCUCGUUUCCAACAGCAUUUAUCGGUCUGCGAGAUGGCCAAACAGUAAUAGACUACAUAAAGAAGAACAUCAAUCCAAGAGGAAGCUUGAAAUAUCAAAAGACAGUAACUGGUAGAAAGCCAGCACCACUGGUGGAUGGCUAUAGCUCCAGAGGGCCAUUUACAAGCUGCCCCCGAGUCCUAAAGCCAGACCUUCUGGCCCCUGGAUCCUUAGUCCUCGGGUCAUGGUCUCCAACUACUUCAGUUGCUGUAGUUCAAUCACGUCCUUUAUACAGCAACUUCAAUCUUGAGUCGGGCACCUCAAUGGCUGCCCCUCAUGUUGCUGGAGUAGCUGCACUUAUAAAAGAAAUGCACCCAGAUUGGAGCCCUGCGGCCAUUCGGUCUGCUCUGAUGACUACAGCAAUCCCUUUAGACAACACCUUUGGCCCCAUAAAAGACAAAGCAAACAAUGAGCUGCCAGCCAGCCCUCUAGACAUAGGAGCUGGACACCUCAAUCCCAACAAGGCACUUGAUCCUGGACUUGUCUACGAUGCAACAGUGGAGGACUACGUAAAGCUUCUCUGUGCAAUGAAUUACACGGCAACCCAAAUCAAAAUCAUUACAAGGUCCACGCACAACUGUCUGAACUCGUCUUUGGAUCUUAAUUACCCAUCUUUCAUAGCCUUCUUCAAUGAUAAUGACUCGGGUUCGGACGCAAAAGUUGUGCGAGAAUUUCGGAGGACAGUGACUAAUGUCAGAAAGGGAAGAUCGAGUUAUACUGCAAAGUUAACAGCAAUGAGUGGUUUAAAGGUGAAGGUGGAGCCAGAGAAGCUGGUAUUUAAGCAGAAGUAUGAGAAGCAAAGUUACAAGCUCAGUUUGGAGGGGCCAAAAGUUUUGCAGGAGGUGGUGAUCCAUGGGUCUCUUAGUUGGGUGGAUGAUCUUCGUCAAUAUGUGGUGAGGAGUCCAAUAGUGGCGACGAGUCUGGUUCCGGAAUCACUUUCGAAGACGAAGUUAUAAUUAUUCUGAGUAAUGCAUAUAUAAAGUUUUUUUCCUCAUUUCUUUAUUUUUCACUUCUUACUUCUCUUUAUAGCUUUUCUAUCUUACAUUGUCAAAGGAGUGUACGACCUCAACGGUCAAGUGAUUGAAAAAUGGCGAAUCUCGAUGAAUCAAUGACCAAUGAUAGUUGUGAUGAGUCAAUAAAUUAAAGAAAAUUUUAUGUGCAGUCA